AUGCUCGUUCAGCCACUGGGACUCUUAGCUUUGAUGGCUGGGGUCGUUUAUUCGAAGAAGUGCUACAACUUGACCCUACCAAUCCAUGUUACCGCCAGAAAUGGGAAUUUUAGCAGCCUUUCCACGCCUGAGACAAACCUCGACGCCACCAUGUUCGCACUAGCUGCAACCCGACAGGGAAGCAACGGCACUGAGAAAGUCUUAACUGGCUACAGUUCUGUCUCUGGUCACUAUCACAUCUCAGCGCAGUACUGCAUGCCGAACAGCGCUGAGAUCAACGCGCCUACCCUCCAGGUCCUGACCCACGGCGUCGGUUUUGAUAAAACUUACUGGGACCUUCCUUACAACAAUUACAAUUACUCAUACGUCGACUACGCUCUCUCUCGUGGGUUCCACACCUUCGCAUACGACCGUCUUGGAAUCGGCAAUUCGUCCCAUGGCGACCCCAAAAACGAAAUUCAAGCAUUCUUGGAGAUCGAGGCCCUUGCUGAGAUGACACGCCUACUGCGCAAUGGCUCAGUCCCUGGUAUCCGUGAGAUACCCGGCAAAAUUGCUCACGUGGGCCACUCCUUUGGCUCCGGACUGACAUACGCCUUGUCAGCCAAGUAUCCCAACUUGUCUGACGGCAUUGUUUUGACCGGAUUCUCCAUGAAUGCUACCUUCUUGCCAUAUUUCAUCGCAGGAGCGAACUUUCAGCAGGCACGUUUGAACCUCUCGCCGGAUGUUUUGUCCAAAACAGGUCGACAGUACAGCCCUGGCUAUUUGACGAUUGCGGACAAGGGCAACAACGAGUAUAUAUUCUUCUCUCCCCCCUACUUCGAUCCAGAGAUUCUUGUUUUCGGGGAGAUGAUCAAACAACCUGUGACCGUAGGUGAGCUCUUGACUCUCGGUAGUCUACCCAAGAUGAGCAGCUUCACUGGAUCGGUGCUGAUUGUUUGUGGCUCGAACGAUCUACCGUUCUGUGGGGGUGAUUGUCUUGCUACAGGUAGCAGGUUGGACUCUAUUCCCGCCGCUGCAAAUGUGGCUUUCCCAUCCGCGAAGUCGUUUUCUGCCGUUAUUCAGCCCAACACAGGUCAUGGUCUCAACCUACACUAUAAUGCUACCGGCGGUUACAAGCAAAUUGCAGAUUUCCUGGAUAGCCAGGUAUCGUUGAUAAAACCGUGA